AUGUUUUUAUUUUUUCUUUCCCUGAACAGCUGUUAUGAGAAAAAACCUAUAGCUGAAUCAAAUGAUUUAUUUUCAUGCCCAGAUCCCUUGUCUACUAUAAAAGACGAAAUUGCCGGGAAAGAUAAGGAUUAUAUUGUUCAAGACUUGUCUUCUAUUGUUGAUACAGUUGCAAACGAAUUCCAUCUCGAAAGAGAUAGGGUUGAAUUAUUUUUCAGACGCUGCAAACAUUCAUUUCUCUCCAAGCAACUUUUCAACAGGGUUGAUAUGACUCAGCCUGAUAUUAAGGGUGCACACGAGAGGAUCAUGUAA